AUGUCUUCCAGAACGCCCCCUCCACCCCCUCAAGCUCGCAUCCCAAAGACACCAUAUGCCGACGCCUACCAGUCCCGCUACAUCGAGGAGGUUCUCUGCCUAGGUGGUGGUAAUGAAGACGCUCCACACGCUGAAUACGCCAACUGGGAUGCCAGCCUCCUGCGUCACGUCAACUGCGGGUAUCUCUCAACAAAUGGACAUGCGCCUACACUGCUCGCCCUCAAGCAACACGCGCAAGCGCUGACCAUCCUGAUUGCCCAGCUUGCGCCGACGACUCAGUACGCCGAAGUUGACAAUGAAACCAACAACAACCAGGGCCGCAUCCAGAAGUCGUUUAGAGACAACGAGGCCUUUGACUGGCUCAAUAACUUGCAGCUUCCCUAUGAGAACGACGAUGAGUGGCACAACAAGCCCCUGACUGAUCUCAUGAACAGAAUCCAGCACGAGUCGGAUACCCAGGGCACCGUUCACCACUGCCCCCUCCAGGAAUACAACGAAGACAAGGGCAAGAGAACCAAACCUCGCCCUUACGCCACGCAUACUGCUCUAGCACACCACGCAAACGAGUGUCUCGAGAUGCUGGACCACGAGUACAGCGCCACGGGCGGCCUCCUGUCCCUCCUCCCCACCGACGAAGCCCUCGACAAGGAAGAGAUGGCCGCCGUCCGCAACAGCCUCCUCGGCCAAUGGCUCCUCUACACCCAGCACCUCGUGGCGCGCAUGCACGACCUCGAGCUGGGCUACGCCAACGCGCUCGACGUUACGGCGGGCGAGGCCGCCGUGCCGAUGCAGAUGCUUUCGAGGAUGGGCCCCGACGCCUCCUCGGGCCGCGAGAUGGCGUAUCCGCAGGAUAAAUGGAUCCUCGCCAACGCGGGCGACGACGUUUUUGACUUCUUGCAUCGCGUGUUGGACAGGCAGGAGGCGCAGAUUGAGCAGAAGAGGGAGAUUUGGACGGCCAACGGGACGUAUGGCGAGCGUAUGUGGAACGAGACACGCGGCGGGGAUCUCUAUGCGCGCGGACUCGUCUUUUACGACGUCAAGACGAGGUAUUAUAGGCUUGCUGGGAAGGGGAAGAGUACCAUCUUCAUCCUGCCCGCGCACGGGGAGCACCCUGCCGUGCAGCAGACGAGGCGAUUAGAGUUGACGCCGACGGUGGUGUCUGUUGUGACGCCGACGUGGCCUGCGCGGGUGUCGGAUUGGGAGAGCAAGUACAAGAGUCAGCUGGACGAGGCGACGCGGAUGGAGAUUCAGAAUCACGGGUUGACGAGUGUGGGGGCGGCGAUGAAGGAGCAUAAUGAGACGUUGGCGACGGAGUUGGACAAGGCUAGAUUUAUGAAUGAGCAAUUUGAGAGGUAUUAUGGACGGGCGGAGGUAGCGGAGGGGCCGAGGCAUUUAGAGAGGGCGGUGUCGAUGUUGUUGAGGGAUUUGAAGGAGAAGGAGGAUGAGUUGAAGGGGUUUGUGAUGAUGGCUAGGGAGGUGAGGGAUAAGUUGCCGAAUCAGUAUGGUGUGUUGUUUGAUGGUAUGGUGGAUGAUGAGGAUGAGGGUGUUGGUGCUGAGGCGGCUGGUGAGACGGCUAAGUAG